AUGAUGUACAAUUCGUUGACUGAAGUACCUCGCAACCUCAAGGAGGGCAUUGACUGGUUGAUGGCCCUGAGGGGAACCGAUGCCGAAACCAACUUGAAGGCUAUGGGUGCGGCACUUUACAAUUUUCUCGUCGAUAAGCCAGUUGGCAAGAUGGAGGUGCCAGCUCUCGAAGAAGUUAAACUUAUCACCAAAGAGUUCCUGGAGCGCAAACCUAUUAAAAAGCAGAUAUUUGUACAAUGUUUACUUAGGAGGUUUGAAGAGCCUUUGAAUAGAAGCGGAGCUAGCAUUAAAUUUUUGCAUAGAAACGAAAGCGAUUACUGCAACAUCGUGCAGAAAAUGCAUUUCAAGCCUGACGCCAUGGGAUUGUACUUAGGCCGCGUUGCGUAUGGUUGUGACAAGUUUCUGAAGCAUAUGAAAAUUCCUGACCAGUACAAGUCUGCCUACAGUCCAGAAGCUACGUGGGAGUCGUCAUGCACGGAGGACCCGGAGGCUUGCGCAAUAGUCUUCGUGGGGAUUGCGCCCAUGUUGUACGCAGGCCUGCGUUCCUUGAAGUAUGCGACCAGAAUUGCACUUAAGAACGAGGCGUAUGAUAAAACGAGAUGGCGUUUGAAAACGAUAUUGAGGGCCGUUGGUUACAGGAGGUCAAAAAGACGCUCUAAUAUUAGCGUGUCAUUUAUGUCUCAGGCGUUGAGUGAUGUGGAUAAAGACGUAUUGGAGAUACUCUACGACUUCGCUGGAUUUUGGGCAUUCUAUUGA